CAUGGCGGAGGUCAGGAGUUGUUUUGGAAGGAGGGCGCACGAUUUCUUACACAAAUUAAAUAACUACUGCCUACGUGCCAGCCACAGUAAACACGGGAAAGGUGCCUCAGACGGUUCGCCUUUGCCAGCAGGGCUUCUUUGGUUUGAUAGUCAUAAUGGUGGGCCGUAUGGAGCCAAAGACGCCGCGGACACAGACCGUGCUCUAGCUUCUCGGGACGGUUACACAAGUGUAAAGCCGGUGCUUGGUGCUCUUUGGGAGAACGGAGCGGUUGCAGAAAAUUACCAUUACUGUGUUCCCGAGGAGGUUUCUCUUUACAACAAGAACCAGGUACAAAGAGAAAACAGGAAUCUGUCUCGACGGUGGAGACGCACCGGGUUUUGGAGGACUUCGCCCCGCACUUUCCGCCGACAGCACAGCCCUUAUAGUCAGCAUUUGUACUGGCAACACGGGCAGCGGUCAUUUAUCAGUGCUUACAGCGGUGAUGGAGCCAGAUCCGAGCCUCUUUACAAAACCAAAACUGGCUACUAUGAUAUCCUUGGAGUGGCACCUUCCGCCACUCGAGCCCAGAUAAAAACAGCGUACUACAAGCAGUCCUUCACCUACCACCCGGAUAGAAACACUGGCAGCGAAGAGGCCACAGCCUUGUUUUCGGAGAUCAGCGAGGCCUACACCGUGCUGGGAAACAAGGGGCUCAGGAAGAAAUAUGACCUGGGACUAUUGAGUCUGGCAGACCUCACCGCCACAGUCAGGCCUUCAGCCAAGGACACGAGCGGGAGCGCAGGCAGACGGCAAACCGACAGCCGACGCUCCGUGGUGGACCCAGACGGCCGAGGAGGCAUCUUUGAUUUCGACCAGUUCUACAAGUCCCACUACAGCGAGCAGCUGCAGAGGCAAAGAGACAUCCGAGUCCGCAAAGAGGAGAUACUGAAGAAGAAACAGGACACUAUAGGCGAGAAGGAAAUGGGCAAGAUGAUGGAGCUGGGAGUUGGUAUGCUGCUGGUGGUAGCCAUAGGUAUACUAAUGAACUUAAAACGGGGAUGAAUACGUCUGCUGGGAAACGAGGGAAACUCCACCACUGAUCACAGUAUUAAACAUUUCACCUCAUUUUAAAUCAGGUACUUGAACUAAAUUGUCAUGAAAAUAAACGGCAACAAGCAUCCAUUGGUUAAAGCUGGUGAGGAUUUAAGGUUUUUCGUUCAAAUGUGUUGUUAAAAAUAGCUGAUUCUGGAGCUUUGAUCAGCAAAACAAGUUAUAUGUGCAACAUGCACAUUUGCUGUUUGUGAAUGCAUCAUAUAGAAGAGGUUAAAUAUGACAAAAAAUAGAAAUCACUUGUGGUCUUGGUUCAUCCUGUAUUACCUUUUGCACAGCAGCGCUUCGGUGGUUGGUUUACAACCGUUCACUUCAGCUCCUUUGGCUUUAAUAAAGUCAUUUGUCUGGUAGAAAUUAUACAAAUGUUAAUGACAAGCCAAGCUUCAAUGGUAAUGUGUUGCUAUUUAUGACAUAUUUAUAGUAAUAUAAGUAAAAGGUGUGGUAAUAUCUUGAAAGUCCAGCCAAAAUGGGCAUUAAAGCAACUUUAUGGUUAAAAUCAGAUGGUUAUUUUUAAAGAAUGUGCCUUUGAUUAUAUUUAUUGUGAAAUUACUGGGUAUAUUUUUUCAGAUAUUUAAUGAAUAAAAGACUUAUGGGCACUGUU